AGAUUGUAUUGUAAAUAGUGUAGUUACUCCAGAAAGAGUGCGGUUAUGACUUUCGCUCAUGUGUAUAUCUGUGUGUUGUUGUGAUUAUAGUCUUCGGUUAUUAACUGUUAACAACUUUAACAAAUUGUCCGUAUCUUCAGAAUACCUUAUUGCCGUUUAUGGAUGUAGUCACAGUACUUUUUAAUAAUCAGUUAAUCGAGGCGAGGAAGAUUUGUUUAUUUCCCGUCGACAUGACGCUCGAAUACAAAAUCAAAAGUAUCUGCUAGAACGGACAGCGGCGCCUCGGGGAUUGACGAUACAGCAUACAUCAAAUAUGUUGAUUUAGGCACAGUGUGGCAGCAGUUCUCGGGACUAGGAAGAAGUCCUGUGUAUUUUGGUAGUGAAUUGCCGAACUUACUGAAGCUUGGGGGUUUUAUUCUUAGUCGAUGCAUGUGAUGGUUUACUCUUAAGGGCCAAAUAUAAAAAUUGUCAGGUUACUGAGAAUCACGUCCAUAAAGAAAAAUGUUUAAUUUUUUUGGUCUUCGUAAAGAAACUACUAAGAAGUUGACUCCAGAGAAGGAAACAGAUGGAUUUGUCUUAAUUGGUGAAACUGCAGAUGAACAACAUGAAAAGAUGACAAACACAAAUAUUGUUCAACAAGAAACAAAUACACCUUCAUGGCCAGAAGCUGUCAACAAUGACCAGCGUAAACAGACUACAGAAGGCGCACCGCUCUCAUCAGAUCUCCUUGCUGAUAUACCUUUCACAUUGGCACCACAUGUCUUAGUACUGCAGACAAGCUUUCCUGAUCUUCCACAUGCACUUCUCUUACAAGAUAUGAAUGAAAAUCUGGCUAAAUAUGAAUAUGACUUUUCUCUAGAAAACACUGUUCUUUAUGAUUCUUCGCAGUUCUAAGUUUUUCUUUCUACAUUAUUAUUGUGUCUAGUUAACCAGCACAAAAAUAUUAAGUGAUGAUUCAAAAGGAUUUUAACAUAAAGUGUUCUGCUUCAUCAACAUGCUGUUAACAAAUAAAGUAUUCUUGUAAAUUAGAUCAAGUGUCAGGAGCUCCAUUGUUCAUUAAGUUAUAUUUUCCUUUUUUACAUAUUCAGAAGCUGACCUGAUGUCAGAUUAUUUUUUUUUGCAUGCCCUCAUCAACCUUUAAAAGAGUAUUUCAUUUUAUGAAACAAAUUAAUCCUUAUGCCACUCUGAGGAUGAAAAACCACUGUAAAUCAGCUUUGUAGGCCAUUCCCACUGUGCUUGGUGCUGAAAGAUUAUUUAUUCUGUAUUUAUUUUUUGGAAAGCAAAAUAAUAUAAACAGAAUUAAUUUACCCAAAUUUACUGUGGCGUUUUACAUGUUUUUGUACAAAUAGUGCUCAGUCCAGGUCUACUUCCUUGCCUUGUGCCUCAUGUUGCCUGAUUGGCCAUGUGACCCUUAAAUGUAUUAUGCGGGUUAGAAGAACAGAUGGAUAGAUAUUUGAAUACAAAGGGAAACCAAAGACGCUGAUAAAGUCUGUGUGCAUUUGUGUGUACAGGUAUGUUUGCUGUAUAUAUGUGUAACAUUUAUACAUAAUUAUAUCACUAAACAUGAUGUACUGUAUAUGUACAGUAUUUUCACAUUCAUACAAAUUGGAAGACUGAAAUCUGACACUGAAUCGACAACUGAAAUAUAGCGUUUAUACAUUUUCUAACUUCAAAUAUUCAGAAAUAUGUUACAUUUGUGUUACAUAGUUACAUUUUUCUGAUAAAAUGUGGUUCUUUUAUUCUCAUUUGCUUUUAAAUUUUCAGUUAGACAACACAAAAUCUCUUUGCUAAUUGUUUUAAUUCCUUCUGUUUGGACAUUUGUAGGUUAGUGUGCCAAUACCCUCAAAUCUGUGGCAUCAGAAUAUUUACUUAAUAUCUGUAUAGCUGUAUGAUGAACAUAUGUGUUAGUAGAAAUAUAACACAACUUACUGCAACUGCAGUCUGCUGACAAUGUGGAUAAGGAUUUAGUGAAAAUUAAGGGUUCAUAGUGACAAUGAAUACUGGAGCUGUCAAGAUAACAGACAUACUGUAUCAAAGUUUUCAGAAGAUACUAUCACAAGAUUAAUAAAUUAGGUUAUCUGUAUUGAAAGCAGAAUCAAUGUCUUUAGAAACAACCGACAGUUGUGGAUCAUGCAUUUGACAUGGACAGUGGUUCAGUUGGGGGGUGAAUAUAAUGCUCUUUGAAGGAAAAAAAAAGACAUAAAAGAUUUUUCAAUUUUGUGGUUGGUCCCUUUAACAUGUUCAGGUUGUCUCAGUACUCUUUUACAUUAUUUCCAUCGUUGCAAUAAAACGGUCUUUUGACAGUUUUAAGCUUAAGACAGUAAGCUUUGCAUUUAUUUUUUUAAUAAAGCACUUUAGCACUGGGAAAAUACAGUGUUAAAUAUCUCUCUAAGUAUUUCCUGAUUUUCUUUCAUAAUUUUAAACGAGUUAUUGACUUAAACACUUGAGUUUUUGAAAAGGGGUUUAAUGGUUUGGUAUCUGCUCAUCCAAAACUGUAAAAUGUUCCUAGAAUUUAAAUUGUUAUACUUACUGUAUACAUUUAUUGAAUAUGAUGAAGGAAGUUGGUGGACAGUAAAAAGUCACUGAGUAAUUGAUUGUAAAUGUUGUAUGCAAAAGACUAUAUAAAUACUAAAGGUAGUUCUUGAUGCAGUAGAAUUAUGUUUACAUUGUGACACCUUUUUAUUCUGCAGGACAAUGAUUAUUCAAAAUUAAAUUUGUGUGUUUAUUGAAAUUAGUGUUUACCAUAAAGUAAAAAUUGUUUCAUUGUUUUCAUGGUUGUAUUUUGAGCAUAUCAUCUUUAUUGAGCAAUUUUAAUUUUGUUCAGGUUUGGAUCAUACUGAAACUUUGAUUUCCAGCAAUAAAACAAAAUAUCUGUUAAAAGACGGGUAUGUGUUAAUUUACCAAGUAUUUUAUAUUGUCUGCCGGCAAUACUACCUUACAUGUAUGAAAGUAAAGUAGAAUGGCAAUAUAAACAAAACCUGCUUGAUGUAGCAUAACAAAUUGGGACUGUCUCUGGAUAAAUAAAAAGUGUGAUUCUGUAA